UCCGGCACGAAUGCAGUGCCUAGAUCGUGAGCACCGCCGCUUGUGCUUCGAUUACACCCAAACCAGCCCCUGCUGUCCAGGCGGCACACGCGUAGGUGACACCACGAGAUCCGAACGAAGCGAACUCCCUCGGGUGCGGAGCGGACGGAAGUGAGAAACGCGUUUUUAUCUAUUGUGCGUCCGGCUGUGCGUGCGGGUGUGUGUGUGUGUAGCUGUUUGUAGAACCAACCGAGUGGAUGCUCCAGGGUGACAAGCCGCAGGCAGGCGAAACACACGGGUUCAUCGUUCGGCGAUCGUCGUCGGGGGAAGCGGUUAAAUCCAAUAAAAUAGUUGUUUCUCGCGAACGCCCAAGCGGCGAUUUGUGCUUCGCAUAAGUUGCAUAGCGGUGCACUGCACGAAAAGCCGAAGAAACUGAAUCGGUGGGGGCGAGUGUGUGUGUGUGUGUGUGCGAGUCCCACUAGAAUCAAUGUUCGAUGCUGCGUGAGAUCACGCAAAAGGAGUGGCAAAACAGCGGCAGUGUAAAGCGCAGCAAAAAAGUGGCCGGACCAAGCCGAUACUGCAGCAGCUAGCCAGCGAUCGGAAACAGAAGAAAAGUAACAGCUCUGGCUCUAGCCUACUCUGCUGCUCGUCACCAACACAGACAGCUACACCCGGUCCGAAGGAGCUGCUUGGCUACUUGGAUGAGCAAAAAUGAUUCUGCUAGAGAUCAAUAAUAGGAUUGUGGAGGAAACGCUAACAGUCAAGUUCAAAAAUGCAAUCGCUGGAAACAAAGCGGAAUCAAUCGACGUGACAGUGGCAGACUUCGAUGGCGUGUUAUUUCAUAUUUCCAACAUCAAUGGAGACAAAACAAAAGUUCGAACAAGUAUAUCGCUAAAGUUCUACAAGCAGCUGCAGGAGCACGGUGCGGACGAACUACUGAAGCGAGAGUAUGGCGAGCUACUGGUCGCUCCCGAGGACGGCUACAAUGUUUCGGUGCUGGUCGAUCUGGAAAACAUUCCGGAAAACUGGGAAGAAACGGUCCGAAGGAUCGGGCUGCUGAAGCGCAACUGUUUCGCGUCCGUGUUCGAGAAGUACUUCGACUACCAGACGCAGGGUGAAGGCGAGGGCGAAGGCCAGAAGCGAGCGGUAAUCAACUAUCGGAAUGAUGAAACGAUGUACGUUGAAGCCAAACCGGAUCGCGUAACGGUCGUGUUCAGCACGAUAUUUCGUGACGAGGACGACGUGGUGUUAGGUAAAGUGUUCAUGCAAGAGCUACGCGAAGGCCGAAGAGCAUCGCACACGGCACCGCAAGUAUUAUUCUCCCAUCGGGAGCCACCACUAGAGCUGGCCAAUACCGGCGCCAGGGUUGGUGAAAACAUCGGCUACGUUACGUUUGUUCUGUUCCCGAGGCACACUGCGACGGAAACGCGCGACAACACGAUCAAUUUAAUCCAUAUGUUUCGUGAUUAUUUGCAUUAUCAUAUUAAGUGUUCGAAAGCUUACAUUCAUUCGCGGAUGCGAGCAAAGACUUCGGAAUUCUUAAAGGUGCUCAAUCGCGCUCGACCUGAGCCAAAAAUUACGGAAAAGAAAACAAUAACUGGUCGAACAUUCAUCCGGAAGGAAUGAUUCUAGAACUCGUCGGACGUCUAGUUGUUAAAUGUGUAAGUAUAAAAAAGUAACAAAACAAAGAAAGUGUGAACAAAAUUAAGGCGGCGUGGCAAAACAGAAUGAGUGCGAUAAAAAUGAUAAAAUCUUGGUAAAUUCUCUGCUCCGCUCGACUCGGCGGAUACAUUAUUUUGCUGCAUAUACUAACGAAAUAGUAAUAAAACGGAAGAAGUAACACACAGAGCCAGAAGAAGAGCGCGGCAAAACAUUUCGUCUCGACUGAUCGCAAUACUUAUGGCGGCGAUUCGGCCGUUUAUCGUCCCCGAAGAAACAGGGUCGGAAGAGUCUUGCGACGCGCAUAACGACGGUCCCUAGGCGCGAACACACGUUGGCUGCAUUUUGUCUAGGAAAAAUAAUACCUACUAGAGAAAUCUACGAUAAAACGCGAACGCGGACAAAACAGUGAGAACAUCUUCACCAUUCACGUCUCUUGUCUGGGAAAUUAGCAAAACUCGGCACUCACCACGAACGAUCGAUGAACGUGAAAGUAAUUUUAUAAAAACUGAAGAGUAAAAUGGACAAUGCAUGCAAAAGGCGCCACCGGAAAGGAGCACCAAGGAUCAGCGGCAAGGCAUAUUUUAAAGGCGCGAACACAAGAAGAGAGACAGAACUCAACACGCUUGUGACUCACGGUUGGUGGAAGUCACCAGAAGAAGAUGGAGAUAACACGUUACUUUAGGUUCUGCUAGACAAACUGUUCUUAGAAAAAUAUCUACUUUGUAGCAAGGUUCCAAAUUAAUCGCACAAACCAGGUAAUGAAGUGCUGCGACCACGAGAGAGACCGCCGUUGGAACCGCAAAAUUCCCACUAAUCGAUCAAUUUGAAAGCUGUGCCGCUCUCUCGAGGGCUCAGCUCGUUACAUGCCGUUCCAGGUGGGCCGAAAGAUGUAGAGAUUGUUUGUAGCUAAACCGCGCUAAGCACUAAGAAUUUGGGAGACGGUGUUAGAGAGACAGAGAGCUAGUUAAGAACCGAGCUGCGAAACGGUCAAGAAUCGCAAGGCAAUACCGACGGUGGGGGGUUGUAGUGCCGCGCCACACAGAGCGUCGCCUGGAGCGUUCGGGGAAGCGAAGCGUGCACUAUUUUCCUUAUUCUCUAUUACCAAAUCACACCGAAUGUUGUUUACCAAGUACACUACUUCUACUAUCCGACUAUUACUUGUAGCCUUUAGAAGCGAGAAGAGAAAAGAGAGUGGACAAACAUGACUAAUAACAUGACUGUCCCCCCUAAUGCGACAGUGAUGAACUAAAACGCGAGCAGUGAACCUGGGGGUCGCCGAUCUGCGGCCGCCGCUGUGUUACGGUAGUGGUGUGUGGUUACUUGCAAACGUUUCUUUUCAGUCCACAGUCUAUGCCCUCUGAACGGCUGCGAGAUCGCGGCGGAAUCGCCAUGAGACCGAAAAACAAUCUUCCAACACACACUAUCGGCAUAUUUGAAGGAGGUAGCAAUUUGAAUGCCCCACGAGAACUAAGAGUGAAAGCUGAUGUGCAUUUAUUAUCACGACACUAAUCUUUGACCUUCCGUGGGUCGCACGAGAUUAGUUUAGUACCCUCGGUUGCCCGGCGUGGGACGAUAAAUCAAAUUGCGCCAAAAUGGACAUCAACUGCAAAAGAGAAAAAGAAAGUGUAUUAUAAUCUAAUUCCCUUCUAGCUAGAGAGAAAGAACGACGGUUGCAAAUAUUAUUAUUAGUUUUCGGAGUUUCGUUUCGUAUUGACACGCCACUUUCGCCCGCUACUUGCGCUGUGGACUUGCGGCCAACGCAACGCGUGGUCGAUAGGAUCAGGUUUUUGGGCGUGGUGCAAAGCGAGAAAUGAUACAAAUUGCGUUACAAACUAGAUACCUAGGGGCCGCCGCCGCCCUACGCGUCAUCAUAAUCUAAUCAUCAACACAUCCCGGAA